AUGGGCUUGCCUACCGAGGUCCUACAGGCCUGGGAAGCUUGCGACCGGACUGAUACACUCUUCGUGCUUGUCUGUUCGGUCUUCUGCUGGGGUAUCAUUCCAGCUGUAGGCAUAGCGUAUUCAGGUUACACUACACGCUCCAAUUCUCUAGCAGCAGUUAUGCCAGCUAUCCUAGCAGUGAUCGUCUGCUCGAUACAAUGGUUCCUCAUUGGAUACACCUUGACAUACGGAGAAGGAGGAGCUAUUUUUGGAGAUUUCAAGUACGCCUUUCACAGGAAUGUGCUAGCAGAGCCUGUUGGUACCAUUCCAGCAGUGCUAUUCAGCUUCUUUCAAUUAGUAUUCCAGGCCACAGUUUGUGCCAUUGCGGUUGGCGGCGCGUGUGAGAGAGGGAGAAUACUGCCGUUGAUACCAUUCAUAUUUCUUUGGUCUACAUUCAUAUACAAUCCGUUAGCUCAUAUGGUCUGGGGUGGAGGUUUCCUUAUGGACCUAGGCGUUCUAGAUUUCGCAGGUGGUACGCCCGUACACAUCAAUUCCGGAGCAACAGCAACGGCGAUUUCCGUAUACCUUUCGUACCCUUUGUUCCGCUCGCGCAAGUCCUCGACCCGUACACCAGCGCAUCUGGUCAUCCACCGGCCGGUCAAUUCUCUUUGCCAACUUCUCGCGAUGAUCAGCAUCUGGGGCUCAUGGCUCGCCUUUGACGCGGGCACCACUCUGGCGUUCAACUUCAAGUCAGUGAUGGCCUUGUGUGUCACGAACCUCUGUGCUGCCAGUGGAGCGCUCACGUGGAUGCUCUACACGUAUGUCGAAAUUGGGCGCUGGAGUCUAGACUCAUGUUUCAUGGGCGCCAUCUCUGGACUCAUUAUGAUCACACCUUCGGCAGGUUUCAUUGAUCUACCAACAGCCUUCUUUUUCGGGGUGCUCGGUGCACUAUUCUGUCGUCAAGCGCUUCGCAUAAAGUUUAGCGACUUCGCUCGACGCUGGAGAUGGGUUGAUCACGGCGACACCUUUGCGACACACUGCCUUGGUGGAAUUUUAGCAACGAUUUCGACUGGUUGCUUUGCUCGGAAAGAAGUCGCAGGAUACGAUGGAGUCACAGAAAUUGUUGGUGGAGUAUUCUUCGAUGGGAACGUACGCCAGCUCGGUAUUCAGGUUGUGGAGGCUCUCGUCGGAUUCUCAUGGUCUUUCAUCGGAAGCUAUGUUAUGUACGCGCUCAUUGAUUGUGUACCGGGCUUCGAAGUGUUGGCUGAAGACAAGGACAUCAUUGCAGGCCUGGAUGCAAGCCAGAUGGACGAAGAAACGUUAUGGACUGAAACACAGAAGUAUUAUCCCUAUGCCGAGCGCGAAGGCGAGCUGCAUCUCGAAUGA